CAAGACCACAGAACUUUCCCUCCAUUUCCUACACACACACGCCAGCAGAAUCUUUCUCAUUCCGAAAACGGGUUGCUGCUUCGUUAACAACAUUAGUUGAAGAAGGAGGCUAGGAAAAAAAAAAUGCUGGAAGGGAAGGCCAUCGUGAAGGAAACAGACAUGCCAGAGAGCAUGCAGAUCAAAGCCAUGGCUUCUGCUUCAGAAGCGCUCGACACAUUCGACGUGCUCGACUGCAGAUCCCUGGCUGCUCACAUCAAGAAGCAGGAAUUUGACAGAGCUUAUGGAGGAGGAUGGCAGUGCGUGGUGGGUUCGAGUUUCGGUUGUUUCUUCACUCACAAGCAAGGGACUUUCAUCUACUUUGCUUUGGGAUCCCUCAACUUCCUUCUCUUCAAGGCUACCCCUCCCACUUGAAUUGACUAUUUAUCACAAUUCAGUAGUUCAUCACAUGUAAUUUUGCAGCUGUGAGUUAGAAUGCAUGCAGAACAAGAUCUGUUGGAGUAGUUAUAGAUUUCCCUUUGAUAAGUUUUUUUUUCAAGUUAGCUUGUGUGUAUCAAUUUGAUUGCUAUAAAUGUCAACUAUUUACAAAGAAGACAGAAAAUUGAAAUG